AUGUUCCAAAAGCCGGCGCACAUUAGGGCCAAGGAGAGGGAGGAAGAAGAGCAGGCGAAAAAGACGGACGAAGGGGUCCAACUUCGCAAAAAGCAAGGCGAGGACACAACAACCGGCGAGCAGGUUUGGUACUCGCGCCGGGUCGAGAAUGGAUGCCAAAUCCAUUGGGUCAUCAUUACGCACGGCAAAAAAUACGAGCUCCGGCUGCCCAACGGCGUUCGGGCAGAAGAGAAAGUACCAGAGGACCAGAGGAUCAACACAUUUGAGCCCCCGCGCGAGUACGAGGACAGAAUCCUGCCGUGGUCGCUGAAGGAAGAGGCGAACAGACUUCGGACGUUGAACCUCACGAGGCCGACCAAGGGCCACACACAAGACUACAUCAUCUGUCAGAUAGGCUGGACAGCCCUCACCGGAGACGAGGUCGACGCUAAGUGGAAGGCCGCGCGCAAAGCCAUCGAGGCGAACGCGCUCAGUUUCGACGACUGCCUGGCUCUCCUCAGGGACUUCGCCGACAUCAUCAAGAAGCCCGAGGGGUGCGCGCUGGACUACGCCUGGUUCGCCGAGACGCUCGAGAUACCGUCCCACCGGCUGCACGAGAUCACGCCCGAGAAGGCCGUCCGGUCUUUCCAGCGCAUGUUGCAGAGCGGGGGCGGCUUGGGGUUGGCCGGCGCCGGCGCGGGAGCGGGGAUCGCGUACGGCGCGUACGAGGCCGGCGAGAUGAUGGAGUCUAUGGGGCGCAACGGCAAUGUGGGCGUCCCCGCCGCGGCCGUGGACGGGACUUGCGGUGCUGCUUGGUGUUGCAGCUCGGGGUGUUGGGACUGGAGCUGUUGCGAGCUGUGCGUGUGCCUCCCGUGUGCGGGAGGAGGAGCAUGCUAG